CAGUGCCGUCGGACGACGUUUACGUGGAAGUACGGCCUUCGCGAAAAUUCAUUUCCCUAUCCAAUCACUGUCGAAUGAUUCUAACGAAGAAAUUUGAAAAACGAUAGAGACAGUGUCACAAAAUCAGAAAUUGUUAAAACGAUUACCUGUGAUUUUUGUUAUCGGUAAUUGGUGAUCCAUCGAUUUUUGGUGAUUCCUGAUCGAAACAAGGCAAAGCAAAGGGAACAGAAAAGAAGAAGAAGAAGAAGAAGAAUAAGAAGAAGAAGAAGAAGAAGAAGAAGAAGAAGAAGAAGAAGAAGAAGAGGAAGAAGAAGAAGAAGAGAAAAAACAAAAACAGAAACAUGCCUUGACCGCACCUCAGGUGACACCAGGAUGUAUUGUAUAGUCGAAAGAAUAUCACUGUGCUUGUAGCGCGUAUAACUUUUGAUUGGACGACAAAUGUCGUAGGUAUUCUUAUCUGUGCUGAGGUGUGUGCGUGUGUGAGUGAAAUCGUGUGUGGCUGUGGGUGCUGCUCUCCUCGAUUGUAUCUGACCUGACCCAGGUGAGCACCUGGACCAACAAAGAUGACUACGAGGGAGUUAUACGUGAAGGGUGGUAAGGUAUGGGUGCCGCACCCAGAAAAGGUUUGGGAAGGCGCGGUGCUUCUGGAAGAUUACAAAUUAAAACAGGGAACCUUGAAGGUUAAUACGGACGAUUCCAAUCAGACGAAGGUCUUGGAGAUCAAAUCAGACUCCGAUUUACCACCGUUAAGAAAUCCUGAUAUACUUAUAGGGGAGAAUAACUUGACAUCGUUGUCGUUUCUUCACGAGCCAGCUGUUCUGUAUAAUCUACAGAUUCGUUUUCAACGACACUGUAUUUACACUUAUUGCGGUAUCGUUUUGGUUGCGUUUAACCCAUACAAUGAACUUCCAAUUUAUGGCAACGACACGAUAUGGGCGUACAGGGGUCAGGCGAUGGGCGAUUUGGAACCUCAUAUAUUCGCCGUCGCUGAAGAAGCGUACACCAAGCUGGAAAGGGAAGGUCACGACCAAUCUAUUAUCGUUUCUGGAGAAUCCGGUGCUGGAAAAACUGUCUCUGCAAAAUAUACGAUGCGAUAUUUCGCUACCGUCGGUGGUUCAACGACCGAGACGCAGGUCGAGAAGAAAGUCCUUGCCUCUCUACCGAUCAUGGAAGCUAUCGGUAAUGCAAAGACAACGAGAAACGAUAAUUCCUCGAGAUUCGGGAAGUUUAUCGAGAUUCAAUUUAACAAACACUACCACAUCACCGGAGCCAGUAUGAGAACUUAUCUUCUGGAAAAGUCAAGAGUCGUGUUUCAGACAUACGAGGAAAGGAAUUAUCAUAUAUUUUAUCAAAUGUGCGCAGCCGCAGCGCGUCUACCUCAUUUGCAUUUGAGCCACCAGAGUAAGUUUCACUAUCUAAAUCAAGGAAAUGAUCCCUUGAUAGAUGGCGUGGAUGACUUGAUGUGUUUCGAUGAAACGAUAAGCGCGCUCACCAUGCUUGGAUUCUCGUCCAAGCAGCAGGACGACAUGCUUCGUAUUUUAGCAGCUAUUAUGCAUUUGGGAAACGUGAAUAUAGGGAAUGCCGAUAACCAAAAUUCGAGCAAUGAAAACGACACCGAAACCAGUUACAUUCAUUCGUCAGACAAACAUCUAUUGAUGAUGUGCGAGCUGUUGGGCACCGACGUAAACGCGAUGAGAAAAUGGCUGUGCCAUAGAAAAAUCGUGUCGAUGAGGGAAGUAUUCUUGAAACCAAUGAACGUGGAACAAGCGAUUGGCGCUAGAGACGCACUGGCCAAACAUAUUUACGCGGAAUUGUUCAACUGGAUCGUAGCUGGCAUCAAUAACUCCUUGCAUUCUCAAAACAAACCCCAGUGUUUCAUCGGUGUCCUGGAUAUCUACGGUUUCGAGACGUUCGAGGUCAAUUCUUUCGAACAGUUUUGCAUAAAUUACGCGAACGAGAAGCUUCAACAACAAUUCAAUCAGCACGUCUUCAAGUUAGAGCAGGAGGAGUAUUUUAAGGAGGAGAUCGAAUGGACUUUCAUAGACUUCUAUGACAAUCAACCUUGUAUCGAUCUCAUCGAAACGAAACUGGGUAUUCUCGAUUUAUUGGACGAGGAAUGUAGGAUGCCGAAAGGUUCGGAUAGUUCAUGGGCGGAUAAACUUUACUCGAAAUGUGGAAAAUCGAAACACUUCGAAAAACCACGAUUUGGAACUUCUGCCUUCUUGAUUCACCACUUUGCCGACCGGGUGCAAUACGAAACGACUGGAUUUUUAGAAAAAAACAGAGACACCGUUAUCGAGGAACAGGUUGACGUACUGCGAAACGGAGACAAUAAGUUAUUGAAGAAGUUAUUCAGCGAAGAGGAUCCGAAGCUUAUGGUACCAUCGAACGUGAGACUGAAAGUAUCGGCUCAAAAGCCAGCAUUAAAUUCGCCUAAGCAAAAUAAGAAAACGGUAGGUUCGCAAUUUCGCGACUCCUUGAAUAUGUUGAUGUCUACAUUAAACGCAACUACACCGCAUUACGUGCGCUGUAUCAAACCAAACGAUACCAAGGAAGCAUUUGAAUACAACCCAAUUCGUGCGAUGCAGCAAUUACGGGCUUGCGGUGUCCUAGAGACGAUUAGAAUAUCCGCCGCUGGAUUUCCCAGUCAAAGAACAUACAACGAAUUCUUUCUCAGGUACAGGAGCCUCUGUAAAUUCAAGGAUAUUCGACGCGACGACCUCAAAGAAACCUGUCGACGAAUAUUGGGCAGGUAUAUCAAGGACGAAGAUAAAUUUAAAUUCGGCAAGACGAAGGUUCUUUUUCGUGCUGGUCAAGUAGCUUAUCUAGAAAAGCUACGAGCGGAACGACAGCGAGAUGCUUGUGUUAUGAUCCAAAAAACGGUGCGCGGUCUGAUAUGCCGUAGUAGGUAUAAGAAGAUUCGAUGUGCUGUGCUUGGUCUUCAAAGAUACGGAAGAGGAUACAUCGCUAGGCAGAAAGCUCAGGCUGUGAGGGAAGAAAGGGCCGCGACGAAAAUUCAAGCUCGUGUCAAAGGUUGGCUGAAGAGGCGUCGAUAUCUCCAGAUAAAACGCACAAUUCUCGGUAUUCAGACGUACGGCAGGGGAAAACUGGCGCGGCAGAAAUACGAACGAAUGAAGGAUAAUGCGGCAGCGAUUGUAAUUCAGAGAUUCGCCAGGGGUUACCUUGUUCGAAUGGCGUGCAAGAAAAAAUUAAGAGAUAUUAUAACCGUUCAGUCUUGCAUCAGAAGGCAUAUGGCGAGGAAAGAGUUUAAGAGAUUGAAAGCUGAAGCGAGAAGCGUGGAACACGUAAAAUCUCUGAACAAGGGAUUAGAGAAGAAGAUAAUGACCCUGCAGCAAAAGAUCACCGAGCUUAUGAAAGAGAAUCAGGUAUUGAAGAACGUUCAGAACGAGGUGAUAGACUUGAAACACAAAUUAGAAGGACUGAAAUCCGUAGACGCGGAGAAUAAGAAAUUAAAUGCUAUACUAAUAGAGAAAGCGAAAGAAUUAGAAAAGAUUCAGGAUAUCGUGAAAGCUGAAAGAGAUGAAAAAAUGGAUAUUUUACAGGACAAGGAAAGAAAUACACAAGAGAAAGAACAAGAAAAUAUGGAGCUUCUGGGUGAAAUCGAAAAGUUGCGAAAGGAACUUUCGGUAGCUAAUGAAAAGUUGAAGAACAACCAACGCGGUGCUGAAGAGAACUUGAAGUAUCGUUUAGAACAGGAAAAAGAUCUUCUCCUGCUGGACCAGGACCAGGAUCGUGGCGCCUAUCAGAAAUUAUUGAAAGAGUAUCACGAGUUAGAGCAACGUACAGAAAUGUUAGAACAGAAACUCGCUAUGCAUGCUCCUGCACACUCGCGUUCUCUUAGCAAUGCUUCCAGCAGUAGCGGGCAAAUCGUGUCUACGGAACUUCCACAAGAUGACCAGAAUAUCGAUUUGGGUUACGGUUCGGUAAGAUCGACUGCUUCUUCCUCGACUCCUUACUCACGGCUGGAAACGAUUGACUGGAAUCAGCAAAGGUCAGAUAGUCCACCCGAUGGAGAGGUUCAAUCAAAUAAAUCACCUGCCGAAACGAAUGGUCCGACACACGCGCCAGUAGAUAUUGGAUUAGUGUUGAAGCUUCAACAGAAAUUAAAGGAUGUUGAGAAAGAGAAGGGAAGAUUAAUCAGAAUGGUGGAAGAUUUAGAACGUGAUAGUCCCGAAGAAACUUCGAGGAUGCAAGAUACAUUUAGGCUUCAAGAAUUGGAAAUGGAAAAUGCUCAAUUAAAGAAAGAUUUAGGUACUUUAAGAAAAAGCGUUUCCUCAACAGGCCUAACUGGUGCCCAGCAGAAUCUCAUGGGACAAUUUGAUGCGCUUCAAGAAGAGCUUGAGAGAAGACGAGAAGAAUGCAUUCAACUGCAUAGCGUGUUGGCAGAUAAUACACGAAGAAUGAAGAGCUUAGGCUCGAAUUAUGGCCGUGAUGUGGACAUUAUAAACGAAGACGGCGAAUUAGUACUCGCCUUCGAAACACAGAAAAAGAUCAACAGGCAAUUAGAAGACGAGCUUCAAAUGAAGGAGAAAGGGUGGCGGGCACAGAGGGAUGAAUGGCGAGCGGAAAUCGAUAGGUUACAGGAGGAAAUUGAGAAGCAGCAGAAGUUACUAUCCGUGAAUUUGAGCAAAUCGCCACAAACCCAGACUGAGGCAUAUAUGCAACACGAAAUUGCCAGGCUAACGUCUGAAAAUUUGGAAUUGCAAGAAAAAUACGAUAAAAUAGCAGAAGAAUGCAGGAAGUUUAAGAGACAAUGCAAGAUACUUGCGAAACGUCUGAGGGAUGCAGGCUUGCCAGAUACUGCAGAAUCUGUAAGCGAUUCUGCGAUAAUGUCUUCCAAUAGUCAGUCGGGAGAUAAUGGAAGUAAUUUGCCAGUUAUCCGGAAGAAAGAAAGAGAUUAUGAGGGCAUGUUCGAGUUUAGAAAAGAAGAUAUCAACAUAAUAAUACGUCAUCUCGUUUUCGAGUUAAAACCUAGAAUCGCGGUGACAUUACUUCCUGGUCUGCCAGCUUAUAUUCUUUUUAUGUGUAUAAGGCAUACAGACUGUGUAAACGACGAUGAAAAAGUGAGAUUGUUAUUAACGGCAUAUCUCAAUGCUGUGAAACGUGUAGUCAAGAAACGCGAGGAUUUUGAUUGUAGCGUACUUUGGUUCAGCAACACCUUGAGAUUGUUGCAUAAUAUGAAACAGUAUUCGGGAGACAAACCUUUUCAAAUUGAAAACACACCAAGACAAAAUGAGCAAUGUCUUAGAAAUUUCGAUUUAAGCGAGUAUCGCCUUGUAUUGAGCAACGUGGCGCUUUGGAUUUUCAAUAAUAUCGUAACGAAUCUUAAAGAAAGGAUUCAAGCUCUGACUGUCCCCGCUCUUCUCGAACACGAAGCUAUAUCAGGCUUGAAUUCUAACAAACUCGGUCGACCACGAUCAUCCUCUAUGGGAGAGGAGCCAGAAUCAACUCAACAAAAGCUUAAUAAACUUCUCGAUGAACUUACUUUAGUGUAUAAAACUCUUCAAUAUCAUGGUGUUGAUCCUGAGAUUGUCGUGCAACUUUUCAAACAACUGUUUUACUUCAUGUGCGCUAGUGCUCUGAAUAACUUGCUUCUCAGGAAUGAACUUUGUCACUGGACGAAGGGCAUGCAAAUAAGAUAUAAUUUAAGUCAUUUGGAACAAUGGGGACGAGAUCGAAGAUUAGAAGCAGCAUCCGAAGUGCUUCAGCCAAUUGUACAAGCAGCACAGCUUUUGCAAGCUCGUAAAACAGAUGAAGACGUAAAUUCUGUGUGCGAAAUGUGCAACAAAUUAACCGCGAAUCAAAUAGUGAAAAUUUUAAAUUUGUAUACACCAGCUGACGACUUUGAAACGCGCGUGCCAGUUUCGUUCAUCAAGAAGGUACAGGAAAAAUUGAGUGAACGUGGUGAGAACAACGAACAGCUGUUAAUGGAUCUUAUGUAUUCAUACACAGUAAGAUUACCAUUCAAUCCAUCGGAUAUUCGACUAGAGGAUAUCGAAAUACCAGAAGUACUUCAUUUACCCAUGCUCAAAAAGGUGUAAUCAUAGGAAAGGAAAAACUUAGAGGCCCUGCUGUGCAUAUAAUUUUUAGUUGAGUAACAGUCUAAUGAAUAAUCGAAUUCGUAUAGUCUAUUUAUUAAAAAAAAAAAAAAAAAAAAAAAAAAAAAAACAGAAAAGAAGGAAACAAAAGAAAGAAAGGAAGAAUUAGAUUACUUUCAUAAAAUUAGAUAACGCAUCGAGGGGGGUCAUCGACAUUACAUUUUAUAUAUUUUUUUUUACUCGUGUAAUUUGUAUUUUAUAAAACAUCAUUCCUAUUCUUCCGCGUAAAAGUGUCAAUUUAACGAAUUCGUUCUGACAAAAAUUUUCGUUAUUAAUGUAUAGCGAUUGUACGUCAAGACUUAAGGAGGAUGGUGUUGAUAUAAGGCUCUGCUGGAACUUGCGAUUUAAACAUCUGAAUUGAGUGAAGACAUUGGACGUACGUUAAAUAAGAAUAAGUGAGAUAUAAGAAUGCAAGUAUAUACGAUGAAACGAAGUGCCGAAUUCUGUAUCGUAUGGUACAGAAAUGUUGUUAUGGAGAUUAAAGAUGUUUAAGAAGUGCGUUGUUUCUUGAUGUUGUUAGUCUAUCAAAAGUUGUUAUGGCAAAAUAUUGCAACUCCAAGCAUGAACUUUAUGUAUGUAAUAAAUCUAUUGGAGAUGCACUCAUUGUGUAAAAACAGAAAGAGAAAAGAGAUAUGUGUUAUGCUGGGAUAGAUUGUAUAUUUUGUGAUAAGAGAAAGACUAUCUGUCUAUCCCCAUAGACCGAAGGCUGAAGAUAUCGGAGAAAAAGAGAGAAGAAGAUAGAGGUAUACAAUGUUGUUAUAAUAUAAUUUAUAAAUGUACAAGCGAUCGUAUUUUGUGCCAUUUUAUUAGUAGAAUGUUACCAAAUUGUUUCUUACGUUGAUCGAUCUGCAUUUACGUUUAUGCUUUAUGAAAUAAUUUUGGAAACAAAAUUCCCACAACCCGGAUUAUACAGGAAAAAAUAUCUGUCUACACGAUUAUACCUUGACUCGAUGUGACAAAUUUAUUUGUUCCUAUGAAGAAAAUAAAAAAGAAUCGUUGAUGGAAUCAUA